CAAUCGCCAUGUUCCAGAAGCACCUGAUCGAUGAGGGCAAACUGCAGUACGCCAACUUCGUCAGUGAUCUCUCCAAACUGAUGGUGCAGGAGCUGGAGCCCAAGCUGCACAUGUACAUUAUGAGUCUGCUGGCGCACUUCCGGUCUGGAUGGACGGAGCUGAAGGGCACUGCGGCGCUGUUGGUCGCGUUCCUGCUCUGCAACCUGCCGACCGAGCACCGCCAGAAUGUGAAGGUGCAGCCCGUCUGCUCGGGCCUCAAGAAGCUGCUGCAAGACCCCGACUGGCACGUGCGCUCGCAGGCGGCCAAGGCCAUCUCCCUACUGCACGACUACUGAGGCCGCCCGGCGUCCGCCGCCGGGGCUGGUGGUGCAGGACGGCGCUGGUGCACGGCAGCGCAGACGGCUCCGCCGCGCUCGCGUGCUGCACGGCCUGGCAGCCGUGGCAGCACCACCGCCUCCUGGUGGCGGGCUGGUUCGCUCGGCUUCGCGAUCGGCGCGCUGCGCGAAUGGUAGCGGGCUGGCGGCGGGCGGUGAGCCGC